AUAUUCCUCAUUUCAGAAUGGCCACGUUUGUGGAUCUCAAUAUUAUGAACUGCUCAGAUGUCAAGAGGCUACAAAGUGUUAUUGAGAUGGCAGCACAUCUUGGCUACUCUGCUGUUGCCAUCAAUCAUGUAGCUGAAUUUGAAAAGAAGAAAAUGGAGAUUGGUAAACCCUUAUGUCCGGCAGAUUUAUUUCCAUCACCUCCUACUGUACAGGGGAGAAGGAGACCAAUCAAGAUUUUAACUAGAUUGACGAUUAUCGCUUCUGAUCCAUCCCAUUACAACUCACUGAGGUCAACGUCAACAUUAACAAGACCUUAUGAUAUCGUGGCUGUGUAUCCCAAGACUGAGAAGUUAUUUCAUGCUGCUUGUACAAGCAUUGACGUAGAUGUCAUCUGUAUCAAUGUAACCGAAAAAUCUCCAUUCUUUUUCCGAAGCCCACCUAUAAGUGCCGCAAUUGAGCGAGGCAUCUUUUUUGAACUGAUUUACACUCCAGCCAUCAAAGACUCUACAUUAAGGAGAUAUACAAUUUCAAAUGCGCUCAACUUAAUGCAGACCAGCAAAGGAAAGAACAUUAUUGUUUCAAGUGGUGCAGAAAGGCCGCUUGACUUGAGAGGUCCAUAUGAUGUUGCCACAUUAGGUUUACUGUUUGGAUUAUCUGAAGGACCUGCCAAGGCUGCCCUGUCAAUCAACUGCCGGUCUGCACUGCUGCAUGGUGAGACCAGAAAGACUGCUUUUGGCAUUACAUACACAAUGAAGAAACCUCUGGUUUUAGAAGAUGAAGAAUCAGCGGAGGAGCCAGUUACCAAAAAAGCGAAAAAGGAAUAA